AUGUGGUCUUUCUUGAGAUAUGCAGAGGCAACUGUUCCAUUGUCUUGGUCUACAAGAAUGAUGAUUGCUCUUGGGGCAGCAAAAGGGCUUGCUUUCCUCCACAAUGCGGAAAGGCCUGUUAUUUAUCGAGACUUCAAGACAUCUAAUAUAUUGUUAGACUCUGAUUAUACAGCCAAGCUUUCUGAUUUUGGACUUGCAAAAGCCGGGCCACAAGGUGAUGAGACCCACGUAUCUACUCGUGUAAUGGGUACCUAUGGUUAUGCUGCCCCUGAAUAUGUGAUGACGGGCUUGGUAGAACAGUUCAGCAGCAUGCUAGCUCUUGAAGGACAUCUAACUGCAAGGAGUGAUGUGUACAGCUUUGGAGUUGUUCUUCUAGAGCUGUUAACAGGGAGAAAAUCUGUUGACAAGACAAGGCCGAGCCGGGAGCAGAGCUUGGUGGAUUGGGCGAGGCCAAAACUGAAUGAUAAGAGAAAAUUAUUGCAAAUAAUAGACCCCAGACUAGAAAACCAGUAUUCAGUGAGGGCAGCACAGAAAGCAUGCAGCUUGGCAUACUACUGCCUAAGUCAAAACCCAAAAGCGAGGCCAUUGAUGAGUGAUGUGGUUGAGACAUUGGAGCCUCUACAAAGCAGCAAGAUGGGCGCUGAUGAAGUCUCCUCAUCAUCAACCCUUGGAUUUGCAGAUUAUAAUAGAAUGCAUCAUCAUAAUCGCAGAUAUGAUGGAAGAGUUGGUGCUGGGGCUGUUUGUCGGUCUCCCAACCCCAACUGUUCCCCUGGUGGUCCUGCUGCAUGCCGGGAAAAUCAUGAACUCACUCCCAGUCAACCAUGCCGGAACUUUCUCGGUGCUAUUUCUCCUCCUCAUCGCCCUGCUCAGUUUCAGUCCAGGGGGAUGCGGGCAGCUGAGGCUGAGGCUGGAGUUGAAGAGGGGAAGCUGAAAAUGAUGAAGCCAGUGGUGGAUGGGCCAAUUGAUUACAGGAUUAUGGGUCUUGAUGACCUACUUAUAGGUGACAACAGCAAUUAUUAUUACUUGAUUAGUAAUAAUUAUAAUAAUAACGGUGGCACGAGGAGGAGGCUGGCACCUUUUCAGGUGUGCUUGGUUUGCAAUGCUGCGUAUCCCCUUCAAAUCCCUCCACCUGUGCUUCCAUGCCUUGCUGCUUUGGCAUCGAUUGCCACCUUCCAAACAAGCCCUUUGGUGUUUGCGCUUUCUUCCCAAGUCCUGCACCUGUAA